AUGGGGGCGGGCGGGAAGGGCUGGCCGGAGACGGCGAGCCGCGGGGUGAGGACGGCCUGGUUCAUGGUGGUCAUGGUGGCGUCGCUGCUCGUCGCGUCGGCGCCCGUCGUGGUGGCCGCCGGCGACGUGGCCGUCACGCUCUGGCUCGAGGCGCGCCUCGGCUGCCCGCGCUGCCGCGGCCUCCGGGACCACCUCCGGGGGUACGCCUUCCGGAGCUCGCUCGUGGACAUACCGCUCCUCUCCGUCCUUCGCUCCUUCGCCAUCACCUGCGUAUACCUCGUGUGUGAUACUUCUGGUCUCUCUCACGGCCCGUACCUUGGAACCACAACCUUCUGUUCCUUGGCUUCGCUGCUCAUCUUGCUUAUGAAGGCCUGCGUUUACAGUCCAGCUCAGGACAUUGGGCCUGAGCUCUCGCCGUCAUUGGCGGACCACAGGCUAAAUAUGAAGAAGCUAUGGGGAAUGCCUGCGCUUUUCCUGUCAUCCUUGAUCUUUGCUCUCGGCCAUUUUGUUGUCGCUUACAGAACGAGCUGCAGGGCUCGACGAAAGCUGCUCAUCCAUCGCAUUGACCCUGAAUCGAUUCUGGCUUACAAGAAUGCCUUUCCUGGAUGCUACAAGGUUCCUCGGUCGCCCACUCCGCACAGUGCGAAACUUUAUUCAAGGAGCGAGAGCGAGACAAAGAGAAAAACUCUUGUGCACGAUGACAGGGAUAUUCCAAUCAGUUUUCUUGCUGAUAGUGAUAGCAUGUUCACUGCUUGCCAGGGGAUCACUGUACACUACAAAAUGUCUGAUCCAUCAAGUUGCAUACCUCCAGCUCCUGAAUUGUUUCCAGAAACUAAUCAUGAUGCUGUUUCGUCAAGCAUUUCUCCUAGAAGACAGAGGCAUGAGAGCCCACCAACAGCUUCCUCGAGUACCCGUCGUCUUUUGCAUAGGAGCUUUAGUCAUCAGUACCACCAAACAUCGUUAUAUGCACCAUUGUUGGUAGAACCGCUGACCUCUCCAACGGUGUCAGAUGGCAUCCCCUUUCUCAGUCUCGACGACGACAGCUUACAGGUGUGUUCGAGACCUAUGGGCUUUGAUCUCGAGGCUGAAGAGCACGGGAAAUUUGCUGUUGUUUUGGUCCAUGGGUUUGGAGGGGGAGUAUUUGCAUGGAGACAUGUUAGUAAUUUGCUUGCUCGACAAGUGGGUUGCACUGUGCUGGCCUUUGAUCGCCCUGGAUGGGGGUUAACAUCUCGACCUCGCAGAAAGGACUGGGAAGACAAGAAUUUGCCAAACCCGUACGAGCUUGAGUCACAGGUUGAUCUUCUGAUUUCAUUUUGCUUAGACAUGGGCUUGGGCUCGGUCAUUUUAGUUGGUCAUGAUGAUGGCGGCUUGCUGGCACUGAGGACCGCAGAAAAGUUACGUGCUUCUGGAGAUUCUAGGAAGGUUGAAGUGAAGGGAGUUGUUCUUAUAGGUGUAAGCUUAUCAAGAGAAGUGAUUCCUGCAUUUGCUCGUAUACUCCUGCAUACUCCUCUGAGGAAAAAGCACAUGGUGCGCCCACUUCUACGUACUGAAAUCACUCAGGUGAUCAAUCGACGAGCAUGGUUUGAUGCUACCAAGUUGACAACAGAUGUUCUUAAUCUUUACAAGGCUCCACUAUAUGUCGAGGGCUGGGACGAAGCACUCCAUGAAGUAGGCCGUCUUUCAUUUUCCACCGUCCUAUCAUCAAAAAGAGCAACGGAACUACUAAGAUCGGUGGAAGACCUCCCUGUUUUGGUGGUAGCAGGCUCUGAGGAUGCUCUUGUUUCUCUGAAGUCAGCACAAACUAUGGCUUCAGAACUUGUAAAUUCUAGGCUAGUAACUAUAUCAGGAUGUGGUCAUCUGCCACACGAAGAAUGUGCCAAUGCAUUGCUCUCAGCUCUUUCUCCGUUCAUCUCAAAAUUGGUAUCAUCAGAUGAUUCAUUGCAAAGAUUGUAG